AUGCUUGUUGAUGAAGUUGAUGAUGGGCUGAUGGCAGGCAUUUCUAGUGUGUUGUCACGAGAUAAAGAUUUGUCAGAUUCAGGGUCCUCGAGUGUCAAGAGAUCGGAAUUGGAAUCAAGUGAUUCAGAUUCUCAGUCUGAACUUUCCGACAAAGAUAUGACUCCCGCACCUUCAUUACAAAGAAAAGGACGAGAUCGUGGUAUGCAACAACGUGGAGCCAUGCGACGUUCACGCGAAAUUACAUCGCGAAGGCUAACCAAUAAUAGUAACGUGCCAGCGUCAUCUUCAUCUGAUGUGAGACAUUGA